UGCACGGAGUCGCGCGUGGUGUUUGGUUUGGGUUACAGCGCAGCUGGAUGCCUCAGUGCUGUCGCGCGCUCAGUCGCACCAGCAGAUCGUGAGAGCUGGAGUUUAAUUCUGCUGUCUAGCGAUUUAUUUUCUGCCUGUUUGUUACAUUAUCUAUGAGUCUAAAUCCAAGAAACCAUUCCAUAUCUGUUAGUGACAGUUUUGGACCAGGUUACGGGAAUUUUGUUUGUUUGUUUUUGUUUUUAUGUUAUAGCCCACUCUGGAUGUAGCAUACACUGUGACCAACGAUGUUUCAAUGGACCUGAAUGAGGAAGGAUUAUUCUUUUCAUCGUCAAAACAAUAAAUUGCGUGUUUGAACGAACUUACCAACGGACAAAAAGCGCAAUGAUCAUCGCCGUGAUUUACCUCGUUUUACCGCUGCUGGAUGUGCUGCUUUCUGCCGAGGAGUCUUACUUGACUAGCUCAAACCGGCUGGACUGUGUGAAGGCGAACGAGCUGUGUUUGAAGGAGCCGGGAUGCAGCACGAAGUACCGAACUAUGAGGCAGUGCGUGGCGGGGAGGGAGAGCAACUUCAGUAUGGUGACUGGAGUGGAGACGAAGGAUGAAUGCCGGCUUGCACUGGACGCUUUAAAGCAGAGUCCUUUGUAUAACUGCCGCUGUAAAAGAGGCAUGAAGAAAGAAAAGAACUGCCUGCGCGUCUACUGGGGGAUCUAUCAGCAUCUACAGGGGAAUGAUUUACUUGAGGAUUCUCCAUAUGAACCUGUGAACAGCCGGCUUUCUGAUAUAUUUCGACUGGCUCCCAUCUAUUCAGGUGAGCCAGCACUUGCAAAGGAGAACAACUGCCUGAACGCAGCGAAGGCUUGCAACCUAAACGACACCUGUAAGAAAUACCGUUCGGCUUACAUAAGCCCCUGCACGAGCCGAGUAUCAACAGCUGAAGUCUGCAACAAACGGAAGUGCCACAAGGCCCUGCGGCAGUUCUUCGACAAAGUGCCGGCCAAACACAGCUACGGCAUGCUCUUCUGCUCCUGUCCUCUGGGGGAUCAGAUGGCCUGUUCUGAGCGCAGACGUCAGACCAUCGUACCGGCCUGUUCAUAUGAGGACAAGGAGAAGCCCAACUGCCUGACGCUGCAAGCGUCCUGCAAGACCAACUAUAUCUGCAGGUCUCGUCUGGCUGAUUUCUUCACUAACUGUCAACCUGAGCCCCGCUCUCUCUCUGGCUGUCUGAAGGAGAACUACGCUGACUGCUUGCUGUCGUACUCUGGCCUCAUUGGCACUGUGAUGACCCCAAAUUAUCUGCGUUCACCCAAGAUCAGCGUGUCGCCAUUCUGUGACUGCCAGCAGCAGGGCAACAGCAAAGAGGAAUGUGACAGAUUCACCGAGUUCUUCACUGACAACACCUGCCUGCUGCCGAAGGGCUUUGAGGGGAUGUUGAAGGAGACUCUUCAGGAGGGUUAA